AUGCAUCUGCUCUACAAAAAGAACGCCAAUAACGCGCCAGCGCAGAAGAUUCUCGCGGCGGCGGCGUACGCAGGCGUGGAGAUUACCGCGGAGUCGUGUGACGAGAACAAGGCCAGCACCGACGCUGACUUCCUCAACUUCUGCGACCCGUGUGGCGAGUAUCCGGUGCUGGAGAUCGGGGACGGCUCUGGUAUCUCCGUGUUCGGUGCCAAUGCGAUCCUGCGCUACGUGGCGCGCAUGAAGGAUGAAGGCUCGGUGCACCCCUACGGUCGCACGCCGUUCGAGGCGAGUCAGGUGGACAUGUGGAUCGACUUUUCUAGCACGGAGAUCGACGCGGCGAACAUGCCGUACAUUCGUAUGGCGUACGAGAAUGCCACCAGCGACGUACCGGCAGACGCCAUUGAUAAGGUGAAGGCUGUGCUUUCUGCACUGGAGGAGGUGCUGAGUGUGCGCACCUUUCUCGUCGGUGAGCGCCUGUCCAUUGCCGAUGUGGCCGUCGCCUUCUCCAUUCAUUGGGUGUAUCGCUGCAACCGCAAGCACGGCCAGACCCUCUCCAAGGAGUACCGCGCCGUGUACCGCCACUAUAACACGGUGAUGCGUCACCCCAAGAUUCACGCCAUGAUGCGCAAGGAGUGCGCAGCACUCGGCCCUCUGCGCAGCUAG